GCAGGGCCUUCAUGUGAUAUGCAGUCUGUGGACAUGGCUGGUGGAUCAGGCGAAAAUAUGAGGGAAAUCUCUGUAACAGAAGGAAAAAAGGAAAGCCACCCAGAAGAGAACAUGGAAAAUGGAGCAGGAGAAAAGGUACUGUAUAGAAAUACUUCAAGUGAACAGGUCAAAAAAUCUCUUAAAAGGCGAUCACUUAAAAGGCGAUCAGAUGAAAGGGCAGGCUGCUCUGAAGAAAAAAUUAUAAAGACAGAAGAAGUAAAAGAUAACAAAAGAUCAGUGAAGAAUAAACAAGAUUUACUGAAGGCAAAAAAUCUACCAAAGACUGAAUCUUCAAAAAAUACUAAUCAAGUACUAAAGAAAAAAUAUGUUCCAACUGCUGAGACAGAAAAAGACCCAAAGACAAAACAAUUUCAAGAAACGACAAAUCAGCCAAAGACAAUGAAAGUGCCGCUAUCAUCAGCUUCUGCCAAUCAGAAAGAGGAAAAAGAAGAUAUUGACCAAAGAAAUAAUGAAGAUGAUAAAUUGGACGGUGAGAAUAGUGAGAUAAAAUUCCCCUUAGUUUCAUCAAGAUCUCAACAACCAUCUGGAUCAUUUAUUGAUUCACAUGGACAUGUCGAAACUGUGUUGGAAUCAGGUGCCAAAGUUCAAGCAUCAUAUUCUGUCUGCAAAAUUUACUUCCCAACUGUAGGUGGCAAUGCAGAUGCUACUGGGUUUCGUGUAGGCUCGAGAUACAUCAUGACAGCGGCUCAUGUCACAAAUGCAUUUUCUAAAGGACUCCAGUAUGCAGCAGAAACAUAUGCACAAUUUAACUACAAGCUAGAUGGGAUAUUUAGGGAGGAAGACAAAUACUUAAUCAAAGGUGUUGUGUAUUCAAAUAAAGAAACUGACAUAGCAGUGAUUGAGCUUCUUGAUCAUCCAAAUGGAUUUCCUCCUAGUUUAACUGCUUUCUCACCUCCUUGUCUUGAAAGAGGAUUCUAUUUGAUUGGCCAUUCCCAAGGAAGCAUUAUGAAAACCAAUUUUGUAAAUAAAAUCGUCGAUAAGGACUGUCCGAAAAUGCAGCAUACACUUGGUCAGCUGCGAGAAAUGAGUUUAAAACAUACGAGUGGUAGAGGUUAUGACACUCCGCCAUACGAUACUGUUGACAAUCCAUAUAGAUUCCUUUUUCAGUGCAAGUUCUCUAAAGGUGCAAGUGGGGCUCCAGGAAUAGUUCUUAUAGGGGGAACAAUUUAUGUAACAACUGUUUUAUUACACGGAUACCCAGACUGGUAUUACGACACAUCCAUGGAAACAUAUAAGAGCAACUGGCUACCCGAGCAUUGUGUACAACAGGGUGUUAAUCUAAUGUGUCUUCGUAACUUGAUGCAAGAAACACAUUCAAGCCUAUGCCAAGAUAUAUUUGGCAUACAGCAGUAACAAGAACCUAGGCACAAACAUUGGUAGGAAUCAGUCACAGAGUUUGCAUGUUCAAUGGACUUUUUCCGUUGCUGCAAAACAAUUAUGAUUAAAAUGAGCUUUAAUAAACCGUUAGUUAAAAAGUGACAAAGGCAGCAUUGCAUAUUUGUAGACUGUCCACAGUAUACUUCUUUGUGACAGAUUUAAGUGCAUGAAGACUAAGAUUUGGUAGCCUUGCUUGCGGCGUAGAAUUCUUCACAUGAAGAAGCCAUCUAGCUGGCUUACGGAAGGUUUGUGGUUCUAAGCAGUUGCCAACCCGUGAUACAGUAAUGUCUAGAGGGGAACCUGAAAUCUUCCGCCAUGAUCAAAAGCUAGAAGGUCGCCAUGUCACCUUUUAAUGUGUCGAUGUGACGUUAAACACAUCAAAAACAAAGAAAUAAGAAUUUGGGCAGUGACUUAACAAGAAAUUGAUAAUGAAUGCUAGUGCCUAUAUACGUAGUUAUUUGAAUUCAGAUGUGUUGUUUAGGGAGAUCUUGUUAUACCCUUACAAAACGAAGUUUGGGGGGUAAACAAAAAUGUAUAAGAGUGAGCGUGUCGGUCGGACUGUCCGUUGGUUUUCAUGGUUUCCGGACAAUAACUCAUGAAAGGCCUGACAGAUUUAAAUAAAUUUUGGUACACAGGUGUAACAUCAGAAAAAACAUAUCAGGUUCGACUUUGAGGUCAGUAGGUCAAAGGUCAAGGUGACAAUGACCUGGAACAGUUGAACGGUUUCCAGAUGGUAACUUGAGAAUGCUUGGGGCUAGGAUCAUAAAUUUUGGUACACAGGUGUUACAUGAUAAAAUACAGGUCAGGUUCGACUUUGAGGUCAGUAGGUCAAGGUCACAAUGACUCGAAACAGUUAAAAGGUUUCCAGAUGAUAACUUGAGAACGCUUGGUUCCAGGACCAUUAAAAUUGACAGGGAGGUUGUUCAUGACCAGCAGAUGACCCCAAUUGAUUUUGAGAUCAGUAUGUCACAGGUCAAGGUCACAGUGACCCGGAACAGUUAAACGAUUUUCGGACGAUAACUUAGAACGCUUUGGCCUAAAAUCACGAAACUUAAUAGGGAGGUUGAUCAUGACCAGCAGAUGACCCCUAUUGAUUCCGAGUUCGAAAGGUCAAAGGUCAGUGACCGUGAAUACUUAAACCGUUUUCGGACAAUAACUUGAAAAUGCUUUGGCCAAGGAUCAUGAAACUUCAUAGGGAGGUUGAUCAUGACCAGCAGAUGUCCCCUAUUGAUUUUGAGGUCAGUAGGUCAUAGGUUAAGCAAAUUCGGCUUUGACAUUGGCUUAGUUCGGUGACAAGGCCGUUUUGUGGGGGUAUAAUUCGUAAGUCCUGUGACAACUCUAGUAUUUGACUUAAGUAUUUGACAGCUGCUUUAACAUUUAGUUUUGUUGAUGAAAUUAACAGUCUCUCUCUCUCUCCUCUCUCUCUCUCUGUCUCUGUUAUUGUGUAGGUGGGUUGUUAAGACCAGUAACUAAUUAAUGCCAGUCUAAAGCAAGGUAGGCAUUCGUUAGCUGGAAUGCUCCCUUGCCUUGUCAUACCAAGGACGUAAAAAUGGUACUAGGAGCUUCCUCUCUUAAAUCUCUGUAUUAAGAACUAGAAGUGGUCAGCCCAGUGUCAGUAUAACGUGACUUGGUGGGGUAUCAUAUAUUGUAUUUAUGUGCAGUGAAGUUAGCAUUGUUCUGACUGCCACAUGUAGACACUGUCGUUUAUAUUACUGAAAAAGUUGUAAAAGACGCUAAACACCAUCAUGCACGCACGCACAGGCACACACGCAUACAAAACAUACUGAUGAAAUUAAUGGUACAUCCUUUGGAAGCAUAGAAUGCAGCGAAGCAAACCAUUAGAGGACUGUUUGAUCGAGUGGUUCAAGUUAGAUAAUUAAAAACUGCAACACCCCUACGCCAUAGCACUGGCUUAAACGGAAGAUUUUUACAUUAUGAACUUCGAAUGGAAUCCAUGAUUCCAAAGGAUCAGAAGUAAUCAGACCACUGAGUCUGCGAAUUAUGAGACUUUUUACAAUGGAGACUUCAAAGAAUUAAGAUUUCAUUUUGCUAUCUGUUUUGUCUCUGUAGCAGUAUAAAUACUUCCAUUAAUUAUCAGAAUUUAUUACAAAAGUUUACUUGUUCAUAUAACCCCCUUUUUAGCUUAUCAUUAAAUCUAAGUGAAAGACAGGAAAUGAUCACAUCUAAUAGAUUAUUUUUCUUUUUGCUUCAUACCUGUAAUUGUAAAACAAUUUUAUCUAGAAGUGUUUAGUUCUCCUGAGCACAAAGUUCUCAAGGUUAACGUUUAGGCUGGUUUGAUGCCAGUUUUCCGUCCUUUCGUUGUCCAAGCUGUUCUGGUUCUAGCAUCUUCAGCUCUGAAGUAUCUUAAUAAACUCCUACAAAAUGUAUAUGGCCAUAACAUCUCAGUCAAGUUUAAAUAUGUGCUAAAUGGGACAUUCAGUGUAAUAACGAUGUCUAACAUACUUACACUCUAGUGCCUUUAUUUUUCACCUGUUCUUAAUGUAAUUAGAUAGACUGUGUAUGAAUCAUGUUUGACUUUGGAUAAAAUUUGAACCUGCAUACAAGGAGUUAUGACUCUUGAUCAGUUUUUUGUUACAUUGAAAUUGAACCUGUUGUUAAGAGCAGCAAAACUCGGGUGAAAGAUAUUCGGCCAUUAUGGCACUUUUGCAGUGUUUAAUAUAUUGUUUUGUCUAAGUUCAUUUGAUUAAAAAUUGAAAUUAAAUUUUAGAUUUUUACUGUUGAACACUUUCGAAAGUCAUUUAUUCUCCAGUUUAUUGGGAUUUUACACUGAAAAAAAGAACAGAACAAAAGUCACAUACGGUAGUUUCCAGUGUGAAUCUUUGCAAAUAGGCAGUGGCUAGAGAACCGGAAUCGGUUCCCUAGACAGCGAACUUAUUCGUCCGGAACCGGUUCUCUAGCCAAAGUAUUGUGCAUAGGCUAGGGAACCGGAAUUUUAUUUCUAUGCAUAAUGCUGCCGAAAUCCACUGUUUCUUGGUAAGUAUCAUGAAUAUUAUUAUCUUAAUUAAUUUUACCAUGCCGUUGCAUUUAUCUGCGUUUACUGCCUCCGAAAGUGUACUCGCCGCAUACUGUGUCCGCCAUAUUGGAAUGAUAUAAACUAUUACGAAUGAAUGCGUGAAAACUACUUUCCCGUUUUUGAAUGUUAUUUGCUUUAAACAUGUACUAUGUUUAAAUUAUUUAAAUAUAAAAUAGUAUUGAUUUGUAUUUGCGUCAUUACAUGUUUAAGGAUGUACAAAAUAAUUUAAUUGCCAUUAAAGCUUCAUGCGGAUUCUUUGAUCACUUUAAAAAUACUGGUUUGUUACACCUCGGCAUUUCAUGUGCACAACAGUUUUUUUUAUUGGAUUAAAGUUUGCAAAUGAUUUAUAGCAAAUUGGAAAGGCAUGUGACCAAUACUGAUUACCAGAAAUUACUUGAUUUGUUUUAAUUGUUUCUUUUAUUGUAUUGUAUCUUUCAAGUUUAAGUUUUAACCUAUACUGUGUUGGUGCGCCGGAAACCCAAAUAAAUAAAUAAAUUAAAUUUCAAGUUUAUUUCGGCUUGCUCCAAUGCCGACGAUUUCCGCAUUCAUUCGUAAUGGUUUAUUUUAUCAUUCCAAUAUGGCGGACAGUAUGGGGCGAGUACACUU